AUAAAGUAUCGAUGCAUCCUUACGAUAAACAAAACAAACGUGGUUUCAUCUGAAAAGUUUAUUUAUUUAAUUAAAUAAAAAAAGAGCGCCAAAAACUCAUCACUCCCUUGAAUUAUGUUUAAAUUCAAUUUCGAUGUGGAAGCGGAACCCUCAGAAGAUGCUGUAGCCGUUAAAAAUCCUUUUGAAGAACAAAACGAGGAUGCCGAAGAUAAGGAUGAAUUAAAAGACACCCAGGAAAUAGUUUGGUACAAGUCCUUUGAAGUCAAGGCCCCGGAAAACUUAUUAUCCACACUCGAUUUCUACGAACUUAACGCCAAGGAUUUAGAUGUGGGAAGAACAAAGUUGCGGCAUUUAGUAGCCGGCUUUCUGCUCGAGGAUAUAAGAUCCCAAUCUGGUCUCGAAAAUCUGGAUAUAAAGAAAUCUGAAGACAGCCAUUCCGACCUGUUAGCCGGGGUGUAUGAGGGCGGCGCUAAAAUAUGGGAAGGCACAUCCGACCUGUUGCAAUAUCUGUCCGAACAGAUUAAGGAUUCUUUUUGGCAGGACAAAAGAGUCCUUGACUUGGGCUGUGGUUCAGGACUACUGGGUAUAUAUGCCAUGAAACUAGGUGCACAUUCGGAUUUCCAAGACUAUAACAAGGACGUUUUGGAGUAUAUUACAUAUGCCAACAUUUUGCUAAAUUUAGACGAAGAACUUACGGAAACUGAAAAACUAGAGUACUUAGACAAGAAGACAAGCUUGUAUUCCGGGGACUGGAGCCAUUUUACGGAUCUGACUAAGGAGUCUGAGAAAUACGACGUUAUACUCACAUCGGAGACUAUCUACAACAUAGAUAACCAGCAGAAGCUAUUGGACACUUUUGCUAGUCGUUUGAAACCGGAGGGCAUCGUGUUAGUUGCCGCAAAAUCCUACUAUUUUGGCGUGGGCGGUGGUCUCGAUCAGUUUGUGGAAAAGAUCACAGAGGGAAAUGUCUUUCAAAGCGAAAGUGUCUGGCAGGCGGAUGAAAACUUGAAACGUGGAAUUCUGCAAUUGAAAUUUAAAUAAAUUUGCUUGUUAAAGA